GCCGCACACUUACCGGGGAGUUACUGAUCUUCCUUUUGCUCCUCGUCAGCAGCCUAACCGGGAAAAAGGUUACGGAAACGUAUUCGCUUAGCGGUAAGCAACUACAUAACCUCAAACUGUCGGUCGCCCAGAGGAUUUCAUUCGUUAUGGGCCAACGGGAAAUUUUCGCCGUAAAUCGUGAAACUAAUUAGUUUAAAUUUUGUGUUCAUGAGUAAUUAGCAUCUCGGUUUCCGGUCGUACCUUAUCACGGUGUAGCCUACUGUGUUCUUGUUCUGAUGUACUAUUUAUAUCGUUUAUUGAGUAUUUCCGUUUGAAUGGUGUCAACACAAAACAGUAGUUCACAUUGGAAAUCCAAAUCUCCAAUUAUGCGCGUAAGAUUAGGCUUAAUGUAUAUGUAGAUAAAACACCUUGUUUUGAAUAUGUAAAUGUAAAAGGUAAUAAAUAAGGUUCUUUUAUUUCCUGAAAUGAGCGUGUUCGGAUCGAAUGUCGGUCUUUUCAGUAGACUGACCAGCAACAUAAUGACUCAGUUUUUCGUGAAAAAUGACAACCCACAAACUAUUGAAGCUCUUCUCAUUGCCAUUCCUUACAAUGCCAAAGCACCCGUACCGGGUGGGUGCAAUAUGGAGUUCGCUACCGAGAUCGCACCGUAUGCACGGGUGCAGACACUCCCCGAACUGGUAGUCGUUGACGUGCAACCCCCCUCGAUGCCGUUGCAAAGUAUCGCACUGUCGAAAUGCGGUAACACAACUAAUCCGGUCAGUGUUGAGAUAUAUCAAAUGUUCCUAACUGAGCAGGACUUCAGUAGUCUGGGUUAUUUCUCCGCCAUCAGUAGCAUGUUAACUGUGCAAGAUAUCAAGACCAAUGGAAUAGAGGUAGCAAGUGCCAGCGUAAUGUCACCGAUGAGACGAGUUUUCAGUGCGUAUACAGGAGUUGGCUCGGUUUACGUCGCAGUGGCCAAAUAUGGAGAGAAUUAUGCAGCCUACGUGCCGGCGUUUUCUUACGCUUGCCAUCCCGUAGUUGAUCCAGAAUCAUGUACAAUACUUUCUGGAUUCUUUCCGCAAUUCAUCUGCGCAUCUUGCCUAUUGAUAGGCUUAUUAUUGAUAAUUUUCAGUUACCAGCAUCUAGUAAUAGUCAUUGAUACGAUGAUAACGAUAUUUUUCUUUGGAACAGUGCUCGGUUACAUAUCUUUUGCUAGUAUUGGCAUAGCCCUAUUGAUAAGCCUCGGUAUAACAGCCCUGAUUGUCUGGCUACGCUCAGUUACCCUCGUGGGCCGCGCACUACACAAUAUAAUGACGAUAGGCUUCUUUAGCGCGUGCCUCGUUUACUACAACUCCCCAGAUACAUUUAUAGCUGUGCACGAUAAUGCUAUUUUUUGGACGCUGUUCGUAAUCAUAGCGUGCAGUAUAGGUGUGGGCGCACUGUGUCUGCUUGGUCUCAGCCAUCUGGCCACGUGUUCCAUAUGUACGGGAUUAAUGGUGGUCUUGCCUAUCGAUUAUUACGCUGGUUCCAAUCUGAAGUAUAUCUUAAUAAACUUCAUAAGAAGGGCUACCGUUGAAGACUUCUACCUAGCUAGUGUUCAACAUCCGUCUCAGACCAAAGACAUUAUUCUGAUCGUGCUCUGGUCAGGCCUAGCAUUUUAUCAUUUCGCUAGACAUGGCGUGGGAAUAUUAACUAGUGGAUCGGAAACAAUACCAUUGUUAGGUGUAUAAGUACCUGCCACAAGUUUUUUCGAAUGACCGUGUAUAUACUACCAUCUGAGUUUAAUUAUUAUGGAUAUCAUAUGAGUGUCUAAAAUGUUACUAGAACAUUAGGUAUUAUUAUAAUGGUGCAGUUAAUCAUAAUAAUUUCGUUCUAGUUUUAAACUCCAUACUGUAUAUUUAGCAAAGAUAAUAAAUAUAUUUCACUUCG